AUGGCCUCCCAGCUGGAUGCAUCUAUUUGUGCCCUGAUCGGCAUCUUCCACAAAUAUUCAAGCAGGGAAGGUGAUAAGAACACUUUAAGCAAGAAGGAGUUGAAGGAGUUGAUCCAGAACGAACUCAGCCUGGGAGCUAAAAUAGAAGAUUCAGAUAUUGCAGCAUUGAUGGACAGUCUGGACCGGGACAAAGAUCAGGAAGUGAACUUCCAGGAGUUUAUCUCCUUUCUGGGAGCCUUGGCCAUGCUCUACAAUGAACUACUGAAGGGAGAGUAAAUAGACUGCAGAGA